AUGGUUGGUCGGCUCUUCUGGAAUUCAUCUUGUCAAAACUGGCUGGCUGCAGAGAAUAUCCUGAAGAAGUACUACCUAUCCACAUUUUACGGGAUGGAGUUCGUUUUCGGGAUGUUUGGGAACAUCACCGUGGUGUUUGGGUACCUCUUCUGUCUGAAGAACUGGAACAGCAGCAACAUCUAUCUCUUUAACCUUUCCAUCUCUGACUUUGCUUUCUUGUGCACCCUUCCGGUGCUGAUAAGGAGUUAUGCCAAUGAGAACUGGAUCUAUGGAGAUGUUCUCUGCAUAGGCAACCGAUACUUGCUUCAUGCCAACCUCUACACCAGCAUCCUCUUCCUCACUUUCAUCAGCAUCGAUCGAUACCUACUCAUGAAGUAUCCUUUCCGAGAACAUGUUCUGCAAAAGAAGGAGUUUGCCGUUCUAAUCUCUUUAGCUGUCUGGGUCUUAGUGACCUUAGAAGUCCUACCCAUACUCCCUUUCAUAAAUUCUGACCCAACAGACAAAGAUGCCAUCUGCAAAGACUAUGCAAGUUCUGGACACCCUAAACACAACCUCAUUUACAGCCUGUGCCUGACUUUGUUGGGCUUCCUCCUUCCUCUCUCUGUGAUGUGCUUCUUCUAUUACAAGAUGCUAGUCUUCCUAAGAAUGAGGAGUAGGCAGCAGGUAACUGCCCUGCCGCUGGACAAGCCUCUGCGCCUGGUGGUCCUGGCAGUGGUGGUCUUCUCUAUACUCUUCACACCCUACCAUAUCAUGCGCAAUGUGAGGAUCGCCUCGCGCCUGGAUAGCUGGCCACAGGGAUGUUCCCAGGAAGUCAUCAAAACCUUGUACAUUGUGACCCGGCCUCUGGCCUUUCUGAACAGUGCCAUCAACCCCAUCUUCUACUUCCUCAUGGGAGACCACUUCAGAGAGAUGUUGAUUAGUAAGCUGAGACAGUACUUCAAGUCCCUUACAUCCUUCAGGACAUGA